AUGUCACCUACUAAAGGUCUUGUAGGUGGUGCUCCAAGACUUUGCUCGAGCCCUAUUACCUGGUUUCAUCAGAAGAAGAAUCUAAUUUAUAGACGAAAUAUGCAACCUAGAACUAAUGAAAUGAGCCAGCUGGAAUUGGAGGAUGAGGUUGGAGAUGAUCUAAAACGUUCAAGUGGAGAAUUUAUCAAAGAGGGAGAUGCUACAAAUAAACUCAACUGGAUUCUCCAACUCACUGGAUUCAGUGAUCCAGCUUAUGCUGAAGCAUAUGUUACUGUUAAUCGCUAUGAUAUUGUACUUAUUGUAACUAUUAUCAACAGAACCAAAGAAACCCUUCAGAGUAUCUGUCUGGAGUUGGCAACAAUGGGUGACCUUAAACUUGACACCCUUGCCCCUAAAUCAAGAAAGCAGAUAAAAGAAAACAUUAAGGCGUCAUCAACUGAGAUUGGGGUCAUAUUUGGAAACUUUGUUCAUGAAACUUCAAAUUUGUUGAAGUGCACUGCUAUUGUCCUCAAUGAUAUUCAUAUUGACAUUAUGGAUUACAUCUCUCUAGCUGGGGUCAUAUUCAGAUAUCGUGUCUGCUCCUGUUCGUUACACAAGCUUGCGAGCCAUUUGAUUCAAAGAGAAGGAAGGGGUUGUGACAAAUUCAAGAAAAUGGUUGAUAUAGGGAUGAAUUUUGCAAUUUUUUUUUCAUUUGAAGUGGUUUAAUCACUGUUGAAUAUAAUUAUGUAUAAAUGUAUCAAACUAGUCUUGGGA